CGCGUGCGGCGCGAACUUCGGCGCAAGCGCCAAGGCUCGGGCAGUUGGCCGGCACGCCGCUGCGCGUGUUUCAACUACAAGGGAGGACGCUGGGGUUGUGGCUUUCAAUUAACACCGCAGGCAUCAGGAAACACAUCUGUUGGUGCUCAGAUGGAACACCGUGCUGGCCAUCCUAACAGAAAAGCCAAAGAGGAAGGUGAUGCUGUGCCUCUCUGUCGCGCCAGACCCUCCCCCAGCUUUAUUAACCUUCAAGCAAGUUCCUCACCAGCUACUUUCCUGAACAUCCAGACAACAAAACUGCACUCAGGAGCUGGCCACAGGCCUCAGGAAUGCCUAGGACUCCUGGAAUGUAUGUACGCCAACCUCCUGCUCCAGACCCAGCUCGCCCAGAAACAGAUGGCCAUUCUGGAACAUUUACAAGCAUCCAUGACAGGACUGGGUCCUGCGAGGGAAAGCAAGGACUCUUCACUCCCAGCCUGAUCUCGUGGGCUGCUGCGCCUCAGCUGCCCCGGCUCAGUCAAUGAAGCGUGGAACCAAGUUACUGUGUAUGUUCCUUCCCUCGUUCUUCCUGGUUACCCUCGGGGGAACCUGGGCGUGGAUAUCCGACAUAGGGUUGGUUAG